AGCAGCAUCAGUAGCAUUUAAACUGUUUUUAUUUCAAAGGAUAUAUUAGUCAAGAAAAAAUAAACUCCUUCAGCAAUUGUUAAAAAGUAAUAAAAAUACGAUUUAAAAUGCAAUUUAAAGUUUUUGUAAUGAUCCUGAUAGCUGGAACCGCUAUCGCAAGUACACAUGUGAAUGUUUCGUUCUCUCAACAUUCAAGUUCUGGCUCCACUGAACUACGAAAUGAUCAUGUUCAACUUAAACCAUCCGACUCCUUUGAACAAUUUAAUAACAACGAUCAAAAUGGCCGCUUUGCUAGAAUUCAAUUGGAUGAUAAAAAGGCCAACGUUGAUAUAAAAAGUAAUGCAAAAGUAGUCUCAGCUGCAAAAGCAAAUCACGAAUCUACGGCAGACUACCGUUCAGAACAUGCACAAAAUGAAGGAGCAUCUGGAUAUUUCGGAUCCCAAGCACAAAACCAACAAAGAGGGUUUUACAUUUCUAAUCACGGAAACAGCAAUGGUCAGUUUAGAAAUAUAAGUCCCCAGGAUAAGCAAAAUAUGGAGUUUGAACGUUACAUUCAAAAUUAUCAUAGUGGACCAACCGUAGAAACCGUGUAUGAGUCGGGAAAAUCAGAAAUGCAACAUACUUUGUCUACUUCAGCCGAUCACGAAGGAAAACCACGUGUUUCAAAGUUUGAGCGGUUGGUUGCUGGAUCUACUAAAUCCGACAAUGUUCAAUCUCCCUCUGAUGAAAUUAAACCAAUAGUUAACCAUCAGCCAGUUACAUCAAGCCACUCUGCCUCAGUGUCUUCAAUAUCAUCAUCAACAUCGCCUUCAUUAUCGCCAUCUGUUCCGAGUGUAGCAGUGAGUUCUACGAAUGGUAACAAUUUUAAAGUAAACCUUAACCAAAAACCAGCUCUAGUUGGCAAAGAUGGUUUUAAUUUCGAUCUUAGUUAUAAUAAACCAAAUUACAACGAUCCCGGUUUCAAAUACAAUGAAGGAAAUUCUGACGCCCAUUUCUAUAAUCAAUUUCCACCCUCAGUAGAAGAACCUCAAGGCGGUUAUGGCCAGAAUUAUGGCAAUAUCUAUAAUAGGCAACAAGUCGCAGAUGGAUAUAAUCCAGUUGAACAGAGACCUGUUGUCACAAAAACUAUACAAAUUGCACAACCCGCAAUCAAAGCUAAAAAGUAUGAGGUUCGUCAUCCCGCUAUUCAAAAAGAGUUUUAUGAUAUUGAGGAACGUGUUGUAAUUAAGCCUGCUGGCACUGUAGUUGUGGAGCUAGAGAGACCGUCUGCUAAAAUCCUUAAAGAAGAGACAACUUUACCUCUGGGCCUCCCUCAUCCAGCUGUGGCCUCAGCAUACACGCCCAACCGAAAUACCCCAACAUUUAGCAACAUUAUUUACAGCAAUGCUGGAUCAUCAUCGAAUCAUCCAAAUAACCAAUAUAUCCCCCAACAGACUUACAACAACGAUAACAUGCCUGAUCAUUUAUCGAGUGGAUCUGUUGUACAAUCUUCUCCCAAUUAUGAUCAAAACUCGAAAGAUGUUAUUUCAGAAUCAAAACAAAGUAAAGAAUAUACUGAAAAUCGUUUUCCUGCACCAACAACAGCAACUGUGCCCAAGCCACAUAAUAGAGAAAUCGUAGUCGUAACAGACGGGCAUGGAAAUCAACGUCAAAUGACAACUGAUCAAUUCACUUAUUCACGCGAUGAAACUGACCAAGCCCCUUCAAGACCGGCUUACAAUCACAGAAGUUCAUUUGCAUAUGAUAAUGGACGCACUAGUGGCCAAGCUAAUUUAUCUCCCCAACGAUCUGGUUUCCAGGCUAAUCUGGAUAACAGGAAUGGUUUCACUUUUGACGCUGAGUAUAUUAAUAACUCUGGUAAUACUAAUUUGCGGAAUGAAAACAAACCAGCGCGAUUACAAGAGGCAUCCGCUAGAGUGAUAGAACAUAAGCAACAACCACAACCCAUAAUAAAACAUGAACAUAAAAUUGUGUUGUCACCUAGUCAACAUAAUAUUUAUCUAAGUCGUAAUCAAGAGGUGCCCCAAACUAAAUUCAUUGAAGAAACAGCUCAAGUACGAGAAAUUAAGCCACAGCUGCAAAAUCAUAGACCUGGUGUAGUGUACGCUUCGGCUAAUCAUGCAGCUGAAGUGAAAUAUGUGCAAAAAACAGAAUAUCAGCCCCAAGCCAGCGUGUCAUCCCAAGUUGUACAACAUCGUAAUUUAGCAAAAACUAAUCUAUCAGAUGGUCCAAUUAAUCGAGUGCAAUACAGUGCUCCAUAUGCUCAGAUGCGACACAACUCAGAUGAAGAACAAUAUAACAAUCAACAGGAGCACAAACAUCAACUUCAAACGCAAAAAGUUGUAGCUCAUGAGAACAAAUCUGCAAAAUUAAUCGCUGAAGAUACCCCUGUAAAAGAUGAAAAGAAAACAUCAAUGGACAAUACAAUGGAAAAGGAUGCUCCUCAGGCACAUAUCGAAAUUAAAAUCCCCCAUUCGUCACAUGAUUCAAAUAAAGCUAUAGUUGUUAAUUCUAAAAUAAGACCCAUGAUGAUGGACGAUGAUAGUGACCAAACUCACCAUUCCAAAUUGGAAAUUUCUGUAACAAAUAAAGGAGAAUCUCAGAAACACCACCAACAACAAACAUCGAAAGACGAAUUCGACUACAACGACCAAAAGGAUAUUGAGGACAAUAAAAAUGAUAGUGACAUCGACAGUGAACAUUUAUCUAAUUUAAAAUCAAAGCCUGACUGUGAUCAAUCCUCUACAACAGAGGAAAAGGGAAAUUACGAAGUUUCUCCCGAUUACAAUAAUUAUAGACAACAAAAAUUCAUGCGUAUUGUAGAUGGAUCGAAUUCUGCUUCCACGCAAACUGCUAACGAAGCUUCAUCUACCAGCGAAUCUGAAGCUGUUAAGACAAACAAUCAACAUCACAAUGUAGAAGAAAAUACAAAAAGUACUAGUGGUCACGUGAGUCCACCAGGAUCCCGUGUCAUUGCAGCCACACCACCUCUCAAAGAAUCAACUCCCAGCGAAAGUUUCCAUAAGCGUCGUAUUGUUGUAAAUCAUCCUUUCCAGACCGUACGCGAAGUUGUCGAACACGAACCCUACACUAAUUAUCACGAAGUGCAAGUAAGUGAACCAGCUACGCCUGCCCUCUAUCACUCUGCUAACUAUUACCAACCCCAUGGAUCUUAUCGUCAAUCUAGAAAUUGAAAAGUUUAUUAAAUAUUGCGAAUAAUAUGAACGUGCUGGUUAAAUUUUAAUUUCUGUUAC